AUGGCGCUGUCCACGGCUCUGUUCUACUAUCUCCCGGCGGCUACCAUCUGCUUCGCCCUGGCCAAAUGCAUCUACAACGUCUUGUUCCACCCUCUGCACCACUACCCCGGCCCUCUGCUCGCGCGCGCCACACGCCUGUACCAUAUCUGGUACGACCUGUCUGGCAUCCAGCAUCUCAAACAAAAACAAUGGCACGACACAUACGGCCCCGUCGUGCGCGUUGCGCCAGACGAGCUGUCAUAUAAUACCGCGCAGGCGUGUAUUGACAUUUGCGUGUAUCAAGGCCACCGCACGCAAGACCGCCCUGCCAGCUUCGAAAAAGAUGGCGGCUUUUUCGCAACCGAGUCAAAUGUUUCGCACACUGUCGUCGCGAAUGACGCCGACCAUCGCGGCUUUCGCAGGUUGCAGGCGUAUGCGUUUUCGCAAAAGGCGCUGUUGGCGCAGCAGGAUGUGUUGGGUGUGCAUUUGGAUGAGUUUAUUCGUCAACUACGACAGAGGGCAGCGUCCUCCUCUCACUCGCAAGAAAAAGAAGAAGAAGGAAAAGAAGAAGGAGUUGUAGACCUUGUUCAGUGGCUCAACUUCCUCACCUUUGACACCAUCGGCGACCUCGCCUUUGGCAGCCCCGUGGGCUGUCUGCGUAAGGACCAUCGUAGUCGGUAUAUCGAUGUCGUCUUCAGCCUGGUCAAGAUCUCAAACCAUUUCCGCGCAGCGCGCAGGUUCCCAUCGCCGCUGCAACAAAUACUCAUGAUAGCCGUGAUUCCGUGGGGAUUGAAAGACGAUUAUCACUUUCAGAUCAAGUUUAGCGAGGAGACGGAUCGGACUGAUUUAUAUUUGUCUUUCCCUUCCCGCCGGAAAAAAAAAUUCUAA